AUGCAUCAGAACCACAUCACAGACCCCAACGAACCCUUUCCGAAGCCACAGGCUCUUGCCUCGGCCACGACAAUACACAAGCAGGGCCGCUUCCGUAUAUCCACCCGCAAGCUUCCCAUCUCGAAGGCCGGCGCCAUCGAUGCGCUCACCGAAAAGAUUGGCAUUCCCAUGCCUGAGAUGAUCUUUGGCGAUAACAUUGUCGGCAUUGAUCAUGUCCCCUCGGGAUGGUCCUUGAACUUCAACACACCGGACGCCCUCGACGCCGUUGACAAGACAGAUCGUCAUAUGCUCAAGGUCGCAUACGCGCGGGACUGGGAGAGCACUCGGGAGGGCACUACGCAGGGUAUCAAAGAGGUUGUGAAGCCCUACGACUGGAGCUACUCGACGACAUACACCGGAAGUGUCGACCCAUCGGCUAAGCAGUUUGCGCCAACGGACAAGCAAAUUCCCAUUGAACUGCUUAAACGUCGAGACCCCAUUCUUUUCUUCGACGAUGUUAUGCUGUACGAGAGCGAGUUGGACGACAACGGCAUUUCCAUCUUCAGCGUCAAAGUUCGCGUACACGAGAAGCGCAUGCUUUUGCUAUGCCGGCUGUUUAUGCGCUUGGAUAACGUUAUUCUACGGAUACGUGACACACGGGUCUAUGUUGACUUUGAGACUGACCAAGUUAUUCGCGAAUAUUCUGCGCAGGAGGAAACUUACGAGAAUGUUAAGAGAAAACUGCUCAUGUCAGGAAGACUUCCCGAUGAUAUCACUAUCGCACUGCGAGAUCCCAACGUCCUUGCUCCGUUGUUGCCCCUGGUAGAGCAUCGGGCAGAGGCUCUUAACCCUAGUGCAUGA